AUGCGGGUCUGCGCCUGUGCCACGAGGAUGCUGGGACUCGCGCUUGGUCCCGCUGUCACCCAGAGCCCCCAGCCUGGGCCUGUGGCCAGCGGUGGCACGAGUGCCCGUAGGAAGUCAGGGAAGGACAAGAAUGCUAUUGAUAAAGUCUUCAAGAACCUGGAUGAAAAUGGCGAUUCCCACGUGGACUUUAAAGAAUAUGUCAUCUUCGUGGCAGCCCUGACUCGCUGCUGUCACCAGUACUUUGAGCAGAAAGCAGCCAAAUAA